AACAAUAAACAAAACUCAAUAAAAAAUUAAAUUCAGGUUUAAUUAUGAACUAAAAUGUGUAUUAAAACUUUCACUUAGUCGCAAAAAGAAAAAUCUAUAUUUACAGAGCGGUUUACAAUACCCGUCUCGUGCUUCUCAAGCAGCAGCGUGUGCACCACAUUUCCGGACGUUUCUACGGUUACACACACCAACUCGCAUUCUGAUUCGUUACCUCCACUUCCGCGUUGUCUUUUGGUCUUAUAGGUAUUACUUUUCCUUAAAUUUUUAUUAUCGUCGCUGCAAAUGUUAGUGGGCACACGUUUUUAUUAUUUAUUUAUUUACUUAUUUAUUUUAUUUCGCAAUACUUCAAUAAUAAUGAUAUAUCAGUAAGGCGGAACGCUAGUGUUUCGGUUCUCUCCGGACGUAUUUCGGAGUGGCGCAUCAUGUGUUUAAUAACCGGACACUUGCUCAAUGUGAGAGGACGGGAGCAUGUCAGCAGCAGGACGGUGUGUGUUUAGUGGUUUAUUACGCUACCACUCUUUAAGUCCUGGACAAAUCAAGCCUGCCAUUUUGAGGCCAUGCAUUGCACGAUCGUUGUCUAUCAGUUCACAGCUCUACGACAAGCCCCGUCGAUCUCCAGGCUCAACCGAUGGCGAGGAGACCCUCUCUCAACCCAUCAAGUUCUCCACGAGUAAAGCCAGCCACCGGACGUGGAAGGUGGAGCGCUCAAUGGGCAGCAGGUUCCAACGGCCGUGGUGGAAGGUCCUGCCAAUCAGCGUCUUCACCAUCGGCUUCCUCCUGUGGUGCAUCUUUCGCCAGGAGAACGACAUCGACCGUGCUCUGGAAAAGCACCUGUUUGAACAUUUACCUGGGUUACUGACCAACAUGGAGGAGGAGACUGAGGAGAGGGAGGAACUCAAAAAGGAACCUGAUGAUGGUUCAAAAUGAACAUGAAUUAUUAUUUGGACCUUUCUUAUAUUAUGAUUGUGAUUGCAGAGACAUCUUAGUCAUGAGAUUGUGGAAAUAAAUACAGGUCUGUUCUGAUAAGCUCAAAGCCAAGUCAUGUGGUAGCGCCAUACUCGGGUAGGAGGCGUGACCUGAAGUCUUGAAGGUGUACCUGUGUUAGAAAUAACUCUGAUAAGAAUAAUUCCAAUUUGAUUUGAAUUAUUAAUGCACUUGUUCUAAAAUAUUAUCAUGUUUGUGGUAACAAAUCAUUUAUUUGGAUUUUAUUUGGAAAAAGUGACACACAAGAAAAAGUAUAAUCAUUGCUAUGGUUUUCUGUAAGGAGAUGUUUAAGAUUUAUGGAAGGAGUCCCCAGUGUCAGUGCUUUGUAACAGUAUCAUAAAUGUUCCACACAAUUAAAUGUAACUAUAAAUGGCUAAAAAGUACAAUGUGUUUGGUAAUAAAUGCACAUUUAAAAAUGA